CCUCCUCCUUUUCCUUCCCUCUACACCCGCCUGUCCGAAGAGGAGGGUCCGCCUUUUCCAGUGUUUCUGCCUGUACAGAUCUCCGGGCUCUGCUCCUACCCGUCGCCUGCCCUGCCCGCUCGCCCUUCUGGGGGCAUGGCGGGAAAAGCCCACAGACUGAGUGCGGAGGAGAGGGACCAGCUGCUGCCCAACCUGCGGGCCGUGGGCUGGAAUGAGCUGCAGGACCGGGAUGCCAUCUUCAAACAGUUCCAUUUCAAGGAUUUCAAUAGGGCAUUCGGGUUCAUGACCAGGGUGGCUCUGCAGGCUGAAAAGCUGGAUCAUCACCCUGAGUGGUUCAAUGUCUACAACAAGGUCCACAUCACCCUGAGCACCCACGAGUGUGCAGGCCUGUCAGAACGGGAUAUCAAUCUGGCCAGCUUCAUCGAGCAGGUGGCUGUGACUCUGGCCUAGGCACCCAUUCUCCACUACCUUCCCUCACACCCACCUUCACCCAACCCUGAAAUGUGAGGACCACCAGAACCAGCCAGACCCAAGACCUCAUCCCCUUCUGCCUUCAUCUCCCUGGGGGUGCCCAAGAGAAUGAGCCCAGGGUAGAAGACUGGGGAAGGCAGGCCAGGGGGAGCACCGCCACACCAUGGGGCAGAACUCUACCCACCUUGGCAGCCUGUGGUUGACGAUUCAACCUGGACACAGCUGGGUAGGUAGAGGUGUCCACUUCUUCCUGUCACUAGCUCACAAUUCUGUCCCUUAAGUCUCGGUUUCCCCUCCAAGCUCAGAGGCUGUGGGGCUGACUGGGCUCAGCUCCUGGAGCUACAGCCACGUCUGUGGGAUAGCAUAGCCUCCAACAGAAACCUCAACCUAAUGUGAAUGUCUCAUGCCUCUUGAAUAAACCUCCUGGGCCGUUUCCCUAGUCUUGGC